CUCCCUUUCACUCCAACCCUCACCUCACCCUGAAUCGCGACUGGCCAAGCAAGCUAUUGCGUUCGACUUACCAUCGUUACCAUGCCAAGAGGCGGCGCACACCUUGACAUGUCGCGGCCGGACAUCCUCGCGCCAGUACGGCGGAUGAGCACAUCGUUACAGAGCCUGAAACAUGGCCUCAGCAACUCUCAACCACAUAUGAAACUGAACUACGACGUUCUCGAGAGGGUCAUGGUGUUUCUGGCCCCCUGGGAGUUGUUGCAAAUGAUGCAAACAUGUCGAACCAUCCGUCGCCUUGCGAUACCAAUACUAUUGAGAGGCGUCUACAUCAUUGGCCCGCCACAGAUCCUCCCGAUGUGCUACGACCUCUACCGCUACCACUUUCUCAAGGAUCCUUUACGCUUCUCUUGGGUCACGCAUCUCGUCUGUCCAUACGGAAUGGUGGACAACAAGCCAGAAGCAUCCCGCUAUUCGUACCCUAUGAGAUACCGAUAUACUGACUUUCUCCAAUAUCUCACCAACAUUCAAUUUCUCGAUCUUACUAUGGACGGAGAGGACUUGAACCCCGUCGCGUACGACUGGAUUAUGUCGCUCAGACGACUGCGAGCGCUGAAGUUCCGUGAGAUGGGAGCACAUCCAACGCGCAUCACAGAUCUACUAUGGCAUCACAACGCCAGGCUGGAGAUCGUACACAUGGACCAGCCACGUCUACACGACGGCGAGGUACUCGACCCACUCCCCAUCUUGCAACGGUACGCGCCAUCGCUGGACGGCCUCCUCAUCGAGGCUCACAGCACGCAUACCGGCCCUAUGAUACCGCGAAAUGGCCCGCCGUUCCCUGCGAUUGUUGACCUCAUCUGGACGUCGUCACAAUGGGUAGAUUCGGGCUUGCUGGCGACCACCUUCCCUGCCCUCCGCAGAUUCACCUUCGAGAUCGUCUCGCUCAAGUGGGAGGCGUUCGGCGUGCCCAUGACGGACAACCAGGCUCUCGAUCACCGGUCCCGCAACCACGCCGCGCAAGAGCGGAGCCACUGGGAGUCGCUCGAGCGCAUCCAGGGCGACCUCCUCAGCCUGUGGACGCUUGCGCUGCGCUGCCGCGUCGACAAGAUCGACACCAAGAUCCUCUCCGAGCGCGAAGGGCGCAUCGGGACGAAGAUUGGCCACCUCGUCGUGCUCCUCCACGACACCCGUCCACGGCACCUCGUGAUCACCGUCCGGCCCAGCUUUGUCCAGCAGAUGGACCGCGUGCUCAGCUUCCCAUCGCUCCAGGUACUCGAGCUCUCCAUCAUGGUCUACGGCGAACCCGAUAUCAUCGGCACACUGCAAAAGGCAGUGAACGGAGUCUACAAGUCGAACUUACGUAAGUUUACUGUCGAUGUCACGAACGGGUAUGAGCUUGUAAGAAACAGAAUCCUGUUCCCCUUCCCCGCUAGAGGGUACCGGCUCAUAAAGAGCAUGCGGUCAGUGAUGCCGGACCUCGAGGAGAUAUCGAUCGACGCCUGGCCCAAGUACAAGGUGUUUAAGUGGAAACGAGGGGGGAAGGCUAAGCAGAAGGCCAGGCAGCUGUCGCCUGCAUCGGAGCUUCAAGCCGACCAGCAGGCCAAGACUGAGUCGUCACCAGCUGAGGCAGACGACCUCAAGCGGUCGGACCCAGAGGGAUGACACUAGUUGGUGACGCAGCUGUUCACUGCGCCGUGUCCGGUCCACGACUUUUUUGUGUCGCAUUCUUUGGCAUAGAUGUCUCGCUUGCUGCUGUUGUCGAUGUUCAUCAUGGACGAGCGUAGCCAGUUCCUUUCGUUCAAACGUUCGUGCCUGCCGUGCGUCGGCGGUCGCUUCUUUCCUCAGUCCUUUUUCGCGCGGACUGAGGGCGCAUAUCUAACAUACACCUCCUAUAGUCUUAUAAACUGCUUUAUAGACCUGUACUCUAGAUAACUGGCUCCUCCGAACAUGCACUCAUUGCAAUCACAAGCAGAGAACACGCUAUAUAUGAC